AGGGGUUUCACUCCGGCGGCGGCACCGCGGGAAGGGGCGCGCGACCCGCAGGACCCUGCGGAGGGGCGUCCGCACCUGCCCAGCCCGGCCCAGUCCGGCCCGGCCCGGCGAGCGCUCACCGUCCCCCGGGUGCAGUCCGCCCGAGGGCAACGGGGCGGCGGCAGAAGGAGGAGAAGAAGACGGAGAAGGGAGCGGGGCCGCCGCAAGGACCCCGCGCCCGGUGCGGGCGGCGCGGCGGCGGCGGAUGUGCUGCUGGCGCGGGGGGAUGAUGCUGGCGGGGCCACAGCUGGUGGCGGGGCCGGCGGCGCCGGGCGGGGAGCGGGCCCGGUUGCUCUCGCUCUACGUGCAGGACUACCUGGAGUGCGUGGAAUCGCUGCCGCUGGACAUCCAGCGCAACGCCUCGCUGCUGCGGGAGAUGGACACGCAGUGCCAAGAAGCGUUAAAAGAAAUAGAUGAUGUCUAUGAAAAAUAUAAGUCAGAAAACGAUCCUGUUCAGAAGAAGCGCUUGCAGCAGCAUCUUCAGCGUGCAUUAAUCAACAGUCAAGAACUUGGAGAUGAAAAAAUUCAAAUAGUUACUCAGAUGCUAGAACUGGUAGAGAAUCGAGCCCGUCAAAUGGAAACACACUCUCAGUGUUUUCAAGAUAUGUCUGAGAAUGAAAAGCCUCUAGAAAAGGCCAAGAUGGAGUCCUGCCAGCCAGAGAGAUCCUCCCGCAGGCCUCGUCGCCAGCGAACCAGUGAAAGCCGUGACCUGUGUCACAUAGCAAAUGGUAUUGAUGACUGCGAUGACCAGCCACCUAAGGAGAAAAGAUCAAAAUCUUCCAAGAAGAAAAAACGCUCCAAAGCCAAACAGGAGAGAGAGGUUUCACCUGUAGAAUUUGCAAUUGAUCCCAAUGAACCAACGUACUGCUUAUGCAACCAAGUGUCUUAUGGUGAAAUGAUAGGAUGUGACAAUGAACAGUGCCCUAUUGAGUGGUUCCACUUUUCCUGUGUUGGACUCACGUACAAACCAAAGGGGAAAUGGUAUUGCCCCAAGUGCAGAGGAGACAAUGAGAAAACAAUGGACAAAUGUACUGACAAAUCAAAAAAGGAUAGGAGAUCGAGGUAGUGAAAGCAAUUUAUGUUUUAAAGAGUUGCUCCUUUUAUAUUAAAAAGUUUCAUUUCCAGAGAACAUUGUUAUAGGAAAUGCAUAAGACUAUGCAAUAAUUUUUAAUCUAUAAUAUUAAUGGAGUAUUAAAAGCUGUUAUACCUUCUGUGAUCUUUAACUUUCUGCACUGAAUAACCAAAUAAUUGAAACAGGGUGGCUUCAGACCUUUCACAGAAGACAUUACAAGCAGAUGGCGCUUGGUUUCAAUUUAACCCCAUUAGUAUUUUAAAAUACCUUGUGAAUCCUGAAAUAAUGGUGGUGGGAAAGAUACUGAAGAACUUUUCAUGUUAUGGUAAAGGGGUUGGAAGGCCUCACAUCUCUGCUAGCAUCUUAACAACUGAGUUUGUUCUUUAUCCCAGGUUUUACAUUUUCAGUUUUUGUGUUAAUAUCACACAUUUGGAGUUAGGGGUUUUGAAUUCAGCUGUAACUGUAAAAGUCUUCCGAGCUAGAAGCAGACCUCUCCAGUGACUUUCAUAUGACCAGUAUGUUAUUGCAAGGA